AUGAAGGGCACGAUUCUUGCCUACAGCUUGCUGGCCGGAACGGCCUCAGCACACAUGCAGAUGUCCAAGCCCUAUCCCAUUCGCAGUCCGCUGAACAAGGACAGCGAUGCCGAAAAGGACUACUCUUACACCAACCCUCUCUCGUCAUCCGGAUCGGACUACCCUUGUAAGGGGUACGCCAAGGACAAGUUUGUGUCCGUGGCAACUUACCCACAGGGUUCUGAGCAGGAGAUGACCUUGGAGGGCAGUGCUACACACGAUGGCGGUUCUUGCCAACUCUCUCUUUCCUACGACCAGGGCGAGACGUUCAAGGUCAUUGAGUCUAUGCUUGGCGACUGCCCCAUCCCCAAGGACUACAAAUUCACUAUUCCUUCUGACGCCCCAGACGGUGACGCUCUCCUCGCCUGGACCUGGUUCAACAAGGUCGGCAACCGUGAAAUGUACAUGAACUGUGCCAUGGUCACCAUUGGCGGUGGUGGCGCCUCAAACACUCCCAACCACAAGCAUGACCACAAGAAGCCUGUUCACAAGGAAAUGUCCGAAGACAAGAAGGCCUCUCAUCCUCCCAUGGUCCUGGCUUCCGACCACCAGAUGGCUCCCCGUGACAUGGACAACAAGUUGACUGGGUUCGACAGCCUCCCUGCGAUGUUCGUUGCUAACGUUGGUGACAAGAGCCCUUGUGUGACCAUUGAGGGCGAAACUGUUGACUUCCCUCUCCCCGGUGACAACGUCAUUGGCACAUCGGAUGGCAAGGGUUACAAGUGCUCUGGCAGCGCUCCCUUCCUGGCAGCUGGCAGCAAUGACACGAAGAAUGCCCCCAGCACCAAGAAGACCACGGACGCUAAGAAGGAAAAGGAUGUCCCCGCUACUCCGAAGCACAAGGACGUUCCCGCUCCUGAAAAGCAGAAGGAUGCUACUAGCACCGAGAAGAACAUGCACAAGAUUGCUAAGAGCUUUGGCUCUUCCACUGCCGACCCUCGUGUCGCUUCUAGCGAGGCCGGCCUCUCAACUGAGGCCUCCACCAAUAACGAGUUCCAGAACUACGUUACUGGAUUCGCUUGCACGUCUGGCGAGAUCCUUUGCUCCCCCCGAUGGUUGGAGCUGGGCUAUGUGCUCCAACAGUCGCCCCAUUUACAUGGGAUCAGUCGCCGCUGGCAUGUCCUGUCGCUUCGGAGCCAUGGCUCCUGUUCCUCCUACUCACCGAUUCUGGUAAGCAUCUAUGACUACCUCUCGUUAGUUGCCUGUGAUUGGUGGUUCUUUUCCUUCGUGGGUCAUCUCCCGCCUCUAUAUGCUGGUGUUUGGCGCAUGUUCAACUUCCCCCCUGUCUUGAUCACUUAA